CAAAACAACUUGCAAGACAACCCCAUUUUACUUCACUUUACUCUACAAUCAAUGAGUGCAAGUGGAGUGAUAGAUGGAUCGAAGGUUUUAUGCGCCAAAAUGAUUUAAGCAAUAGGCAUCGUACUACUGUAGCACAAAAAUUACCAGAAGAUCUGGAACCUUUACGUGAUGCAUUUUUGA